AUGGAGGCAAAUGCUCGUGACCUCUCUCUACGAGAGUCUGUCUACCGUAGGAUUGAGGAGGCUCGUCGAGAUGAAAACCUAUCUGCAACCAUUGAUGCCCGGGGCAACCUCGCUGCAGCUCGAGAGCAUACUGCGUCUCUCCAGACGGAACUGUAUGCUGCCUAUGAGGCCUUAAAGAGGGCCGGCGGGAAGGUAGCUGAUGCAGAGGAGUAUGCCAAGUCCAUGGAGGUAGAGUUGUUUAACACCCGAAGACUUCUUGAGGAAUCUAAUGAGAGGGCAGCUGCGGUUGAGGCUCGUUGCGAGGGGGUUUUGAAGCAGCUGUCUUCUGCAGCAGAGGGCCUUCGCGAGAGGGAUGAGGCUAUAAGCCAGAAGGAGGAGAUUCAGCGUCAGCUAGAGCAGCUGAAGGUAAAAUUGGACUCCACAUUGGCUCUGAAGGACGAGGCCUUAGCCCGCGUCGUAGUUUUGAGGCAAGAGCUGAGUGGGCAUGCUGAUAGCAUCAAGGGUUUAACUUCAGCGGCAGAAGAGUUUAAACUUCAGAAUCAGCAACUGUGCCGACAAGUCAAGGACCUAGAGACGAGGUGCUCAGCGCUGUCUGAAGAGGCCAAAUUAGCCGAGGAUAAGGUCCGGCUGGAGAUUGAAAAGCACUUGAAGGAGUAUAAGGAGUCCCCUGAAUUGCAAGAAAGAGACCCAGUAGGCCUGUGA